AUGUCAGGCAAAGUAGCAGAAAUGGAAGAAAGCACCACCCACACAGGCCCAAAAGGAGUGAUCAAUGAUUGGAGGAGGUUUAAGCUGGAAAGUUUGGACCAGGAAAACCUACCACCUGCAAAGAAGGAAUUGCUAAGACAGAUGUCCUCCCCACAGAAGCCAAAAGAGGACUCCAGAUCAACCCUCAAUCGCAAGAUGAGUGUCCAGGAAUACGAACUACUCAAGGAGGAAGAUGAGACGUGUCUUAAGAAGUACCGCAAGCGUUGCAUGCAGGAAAUGCACGAUAAGCUCAGUUUCGGGCCCAAAUUUGAAGGUGUCUAUGACCUGGAGAGUGGCGAAGCCUUCUUACAAGUCAUCAAGCAAGAGCACCACACCACAGUGGUGGUGGUCCAUAUUUACAAGGUUGGCGUCAAAGGUUGCGAAGAGAUCAACAACUGCCUUGACUGCCUGGCCACUGAAUACCCUACUGUGAAGUUCUGCAGGAUUGAUGCGGUAGCGUCGGGUGCCGGAGAACGGUUCUCGGAUGAGGUUUUGCCCACAUUACUGGUGUAUAAGGCUGGUGAGCUGCUCGGGAACUUCCUAGCCUGCACACAGCACUUCAACGAGGAGUUCUUCGCCACCGACGUGGAGUCCUUCCUCAAUGGCUAUGGCCUACUGCCAGAGAAAGAACUGCCCGGAUUAGCUGAUGAAGAGGAGAACGAAGUUGAAUGA